GAUCCCGUGAAGCUGCCGCCCGGAGCUAAGAUGGCCGCAUCAGUGGCAGGGGUCGCCAGGCGGCUGCGGCGGGCCAUACGAAGGUCGCCCUCAAGGCUGGGCCGCAGCCAACAGCCGCUGUCCACCUUGCCCCCUCCAAUCCAGGGCUCGGCCGUUCGGGACGCCUUCCUGAGCUUCUUUCGCGAUCGCCAUGGCCACCGCUUGGUGCCCUCUGCUUCUGUACGGCCCCGCGGCGACCCCAGCCUGCUUUUCGUCAACUCGGGCAUGAACCAGUUCAAGCCCAUCUUCCUGGGCACUGUGGAUCCACGAAGCGAGAUGGCUGGCUUCCGGCGUGUGGCCAACAGCCAGAAGUGUGUGAGGGCCGGAGGACGCCACAACGACCUGGAGGAUGUGGGCCGAGACCUUUCCCACCACACCUUCUUUGAAAUGCUUGGCAAUUGGGCUUUUGGGGGUGAAUAUUUCAAGGAGGAGGCUUGCAGCAUGGCUUGGGAACUGCUGACUCAGGUCUACGGGAUCCCUGAGGACAGGCUGUGGGUCUCCUACUUUGGUGGUGACCCCAAGGCAGGACUGGACCCAGACCUGGAGAGCAGGGACAUCUGGCUCAGCUUAGGGGUGCCUAGCAACCAUGUGCUUUCCUGUGGACCACAAGAGAACUUCUGGGAGAUGGGAGACACUGGCCCCUGUGGGCCCUGUACUGAGAUCCACUAUGACUUGGCUAGUGGGGUGGGAGCCCCCCAGCUGGUGGAGCUUUGGAAUCUAGUCUUCAUGCAGCACAACAGAGAGGCUGAUGGAAGCCUUCAGCCCCUGCCCCAGAAGCAUGUGGACACGGGAAUGGGCCUGGAGAGACUGGUGGCCGUGCUACAAGGCAGGCGCUCCACCUACGACACUGACCUCUUCUCCCCGCUGCUCCACGCCAUACAUCAGGGCUGCGGGGCACCCCCGUACUUGGGCCGAGUAGGGGCAGCCGAUGAGGGACGCACAGACACAGCCUACCGCGUGGUGGCCGACCACAUCCGCACACUCAGUGUCUGCAUCGCGGACGGUGUCUCCCCAGGCAUGUCGGGAGCCCCGCUGGUCCUUCGCCGGAUCCUCCGAAGAGCUGUGCGGUUCUCCAAGGAGGUGCUUCGGGCACCACCCGGCCUCCUAGGCAGCCUGGUGCCGGUGGUAGUGGAGACACUGGGAGACGCAUAUCCAGAACUUCGGAGGAACUCAGCCCAGAUAGCCAGCCUGGUGUCGGAGGAUGAGUCCGCCUUCCUGGACUCCCUGCAGCGGGGUCAAUGGAUCAUCGACCGCACCCUGAAACGUCUGGGGCCUUCUGAUCUGUUCCCUGCUGAUGUGGCCUGGUCCUUGUCGCUGUCUGGGAACCUGGGGCUUCCCCUGGACCUGGUGGAGCUGAUGCUGGAGGAGAAGGGCGUGCAGCUGGACUCUGCAGGGCUGGCACAGCUGAUGCAGGAGGAGGCCCAGCUCCGGGCCCACCAGGCUGAGCCAGCUCAGGAGCACAGACUUCGCCUCGAUGUCCACGCACUUGGGGAGCUGCGGCGCCGUGGGGUGCCCCCCACUGAUGACAGCCCCAAGUACAGCUACUCCCUUCAGCCCACUGGGAACUAUGAGUUUGGCCCCUGCGAGGCCCAGGUGCUGCAGCUGUACACUGAGGAUGGGGCUGCUGUGGCCACCGUGGGGCCAGGCCAGCGCUGCGGCCUCCUUCUGGACAGGACUAACUUCUACGCUGAACAGGGAGGCCAGGCUUCAGACCGGGGCUACCUGGUGCGGGCGGGACAACAGGAUGUGCUGUUCCCUGUGGCCCAGGCCCAGGUCUCGGGGGGCUUCAUCCUGCACGAGGUGCUGGCCUCUGAGAACCUGCAGGUGGGGGACCAGGUGCAGCUGCACGUGGAUGAGGCCUGGCGUCUAGGCUGCAUGCAGAAGCACACGGCCACCCACCUGCUGAGCUGGGCACUGCGGCAGACCCUGGGCCCCAGCACGGAACAGCAGGGUUCCUACCUCAACCCUGAACGGCUGCGCUUUGACGUGACCACCCAGACCCCCCUGACCCCAGAGCAGCUCCGGACAGUGGAGGGCACUGUGCAGGAGGCCGUGCAGCAGGAUGAGGCCGUGUACAUGGCAGAGGUGCCCCUGGUGCUCACUUCCUGUGUCCCUGGCCUGCGCUCUUUAGAUGAGGUGUACCCAGACCCCGUAAGAGUGGUAUCGGUUGGGGUACCUGUGGCCCGAGCCCUGGACCCCACAUCUCAGGCUGCACUGCAGGUCUCCGUGGAACUCUGCUGUGGAACGCACCUGCUUCGUACAGGGGCUGUGGGGGACCUGGUUAUUAUCGGGGAGCGCCAACUCUCCAAAGGCACCACCCGCCUGCUGGCCAUCACCGGGGAGCAGGCCCAGCAGGCCCGAGAGGUGGGUGAGAGCCUGGCCCAGGAGGUCGAUGCAGCUGCAGAACGUCUGAGUCGGGGCAGCAGGGACCUAGUGGAGGCUCAUCGGCUGUCCAAGGAUGUGGGACGACUCACAGAGAACGUGGACAGCGCUGUGAUGCCUCAGUGGCAGCGGAGGGAGCUGCAGGCCAGGCUGAAACUGCUUCAGCGCCAGGCCAACACCGCCAUCCGCAAGCGGGAGCUGGGCCAGGCUGCUGUGAAGUCCCAGGAGCUGCUGAAGCGACAUGAAAAGGGACCCCUGAUCGUGGACACUGUGUCUGCUGAGUCCCUCUCAGUGCUGGUGAAGGUGGUGCGGCAGUUGUGUGAGCUGGCCCCGGGUACCUCUGUGCUCCUCCUCAGCCCCCAGCCAGUGGGCAGCAUCCUGUGUGCCUGCCAGGUGGCCCAGGGUACCACAACUGCCUUCACAGCAGAGGCCUGGGCGCUGGCUGUGUGCAGCCACAUGGGAGGCAAGGCCUGGGGCUCACGCGUGGUGGCUCAGGGCACUGGACGCACCAUGGACCUGGAUGCUCUCCUCAGUGCAGCCCGAACCUACGCCCUCAACCAUCUCUGACCCCAGUGCUCCGGGAACCUACAGAGACAGGAUCUGGUGCCCUGGAGGAGCCCCACAGCCUCCCAGGGGCCCACAGGCGGGGCUGAAGGAGGCCACCUGUCCCUGCCUGACACAAGGAGGCACAGGCUGGGAAUGCGGAGGGGGCCCAGAAGCGUCCCUCCCACCAAAUGUGAAGACAUGGCUACCAGAGCUGUGACUGCUCAUUAAAGUGAUUUUAGAG